GUCAUUGGAUGAGUUCGAUUUAUGAACAACUACUUCUACAAUGACAACUGUCAAUGUUACUACUACUACUACUACUACUACUCGUAUUGUCGCAGCUACUUUGUUAUUCAAUACCUAUAAAAGUCAAGCGAUCUCUCCUUAAACUUCCAGUCCCACGAAAAGAGUUAACUGUGAGCAAGGUGUCCGUAUUCAGGUGUAUUUGAAUAUAUACUGCUUUGAACCAGGACAAAAUUAUGAACUCCUGGCACAAUAUCCUCUCUUUAUGUUGUAUUGCCGUCUCGUUAUUUUAUAGUUUUGGAACUUCAUUGCACGUGGCAGCGGUAACUGACAUUAAUGGAUGUAGCAAUGCAACUCUGCAAAGCUGUGCGCCUGAGGCUAGCUGUGUAAAUAUUACUGGUACUUUUAACUGUAGCUGUAAUGGUGGAUAUAUUGGAGAUGGUUUUAAUUGUACAGACAUUAAUGAAUGCGAUGUAAAUCAGCACAACUGUUCACCUCAGGCUAGCUGUAUGAAUGUAGUUGGUGGCUUCAACUGUAGUUGUAAAGCUGGAUAUAUUGGAGAUGGCGUUAAUUGUACAGAUGUAGAUGAAUGUAGCAAUAAUUCACUCAACAAUUGUUCACAAAAUGCUAAUUGUCGCAACUUUGGUGGUGGAUACAACUGUAGUUGUAAGUCUGGCUUUGCUGGAGAUGGUAUAAUGUGUAAAGAUGUUGAUGAGUGUUUUCAAAUGUAUUAUCCUUGUUCAGAAAUGGCUAUUUGCAAGAAUACAAUUGGAAAAUUCGAUUGUAUAUGUACUGAAGGAUACGGUGGAAAUGGGUCAUAUUGUAUAGAUAUUGAUGAAUGUACCGAUCGUACACAUAAAUGCUCAGAAUUUGCUAAAUGUACCAAUAAUGUUGGUGGAUAUAAUUGUGACUGCAAUGAUGGUUUUGUGGGGAAUGGCUUCAAUUGUUUAGAAAAACCAAUGGUUGAUUAUAAAACUGAAGUUCAGGUGCAACAGAAUAAGUUGUAUGGACCUUAUUUCGUAGACCUAAAAAUUACAGCUUUUGAUCGUAUCUAUCAGAAUAUUUAUGUUAGUGCCAAUGGUUACAUCGCUUUUGGUGAAAAAAGUUAUGCACAACCAGGAGAUGGAACUUUCCCUGAAGCUUCUCCUAUUUUGGCUCCAUUUUGGACAGCUUUUGAUGUUGCUGCCCCUGGGAAAAUAUUCAUUGAUAGUUAUGAAUAUUGUAAAGAUAAAAAACUAUUAAAUAGAAUUGGUAACAUGGUACCGCCUACCUUUCAUGCUAAACGAGCUGUUGUUGUGACAUGGCAAAAUCUCUCCCCUUAUCCUGCAUCUGAAUUUGGAAAUGAAUCCAUCACAUUCCAAAGCAUUCUGGUUUCAAACGGAACUUUGUUCUAUGCAAUCUUUAACUAUGACAAAGACGACGUAAAGCUAAAUGCAGAAGCGAAUCGAAAUAUUGUGGUUGGCUAUGGUAAUGGUAAUAAUGGAUCUGUUCUUUUUGCUCGUGAUAAAGAAUUCUUCAACUUAUUAAAGACAGGAAAUGAAGUCUAUGGAUUGAGGAAAACAUUUAAAAUUGGAAACAGAACUGAAAGUUCUUUGAAUUGUUUGGAGUGGCAUUGUGAAAAUGAAGAGCAGUUUAAAAUUGACUCUUUUGCAAUUCCAUGUCCCUGUACACUGCAACAAGCAAAGGUAGAUCUUACUUUUAAAGGUCUAACCAUAAAUGCAUGUUAUGAAAACCGUUUCACUAUAAAUGGGACAAAACAGCGCUGUUGUUAUUCAUCGGUUGAGAAUGCUCUUUUGAAAAACUAUCCUGAUGGUGGUUUUAUAUACAAGAUAAAUGGAUCUUUUGCUGAUGGUGAAAACUAUUGUUGUAGAGACUAUCCAUUAUGUAAUAUAUUUUAUGACAUUCAUCCAUCUGACACCUGUUCAAAGUAUAAAGUUCCAGAGACUGUAUUUGUGUUAGACCCCUUGGUUUUCAAGAUGAUAAAUAAGAAGUGGAAUACUUUUUAUGGUGCAGGAGAGUAUACAUUAUUAACUGUUAAAGCCCCAGGGUUUGACACAAGUGUUACAAUUCAAGUACGUGUAGAAAUGAAAGACAAUGACCAAUUUUCAAAAAUACCAGUCUACACAGCCUUUGCUAUCAAGUCUGGAAAUGCAGUUUUGGAAAUAAAUGAGGAAGGAAAUGCGAUGAUAAAGAAUAAUACUGACAACACAUUUGAAAAAGAAAACAACACCAUCUUCUUUAACAACAUGCAUUUAGAGAUUAUUUCUGUUAAUGAUUCCAUGGGAAUAAUUUUGACCCUUCCACACUAUUUGGUACAACCAUAUUUAUUAUCUGGUUUACUAACUGGAAAGAUGCCAAAUGGGCAAGCCAUUGAUCCAUCGUCUAAUAGUGAUGUAUAUAAAAUGUGGGAAGCUUGUCGAGUGAAAGAAGAAGAUUCUCUUUUAAAUUAUACACAUAAGAAUUACAGCAGCUUUAAUUCCUACAAUAUCUCAGAAAUCCAGUUUAUUGAAAUUCUUAGCAACCUUUCCAAUUUAAUUAAUAGUACUGAAACUAAAUGUCAAGACAGUGAUAUGUUUUGCAUCUGUGCUGCUGUUCUACAGAAAAUUAACCUUGCUAACCACACUAUGCUAUAUAAACCAGACUAUUUUGAAACAAUCGAAAAUUUUCCUCCAUUUAUACAAAAUGCAAUGGAUGAAUUAUAUUUGACGUCAGGAAAUAAUACAAUCCCUUUGAAAGCAGUUGAUCGCAAUAAUGAUAGCAUCGUUAUCGAAAUUGAAGUAAACAAUGUUAAAAAGACAUUUGAUAGUAGCAAUUUGAAUUGGACCCUAAAUCUAGAUGUUAUACCAAAAGACUUGAAAGUUUGGGCAAAGGAUAGUCGUGGUGCUACAUCUUUAUACUGGCCAGACAUAUUUUUCUGCAAGUGUAAGGGAAAUGGAAACUGUAAAAAACAAAGCAAAUCAGAACGUAUGGUUUCUGCAAAAAAUAGAAAACGUUUCUACGGCCUGCGUUGUACAUGCGAUGAAGGUUACACUGGAGAAAACUGCAAAGCUAUGAUCGACAUGUGCACCACUAAACCUUGCUAUCAUGGAGUUAGUUGUAAUUCUUCACUCGGAGAAAAGGAUAUGUGUGGAUCUUGUCCAACAGGCUUGAGUGGAAAUGGCCGGGUUUGUUAUGAUAAAGAUUUCUGUUCAAAAGGAGUUUGUAGUCAGAAGUGCAAAGACAAUAUUGGGGAUACUUAUGUUUGUUCUUGUAAAAAUGGUUAUAAACUUGCUGCUGAUAAUAAAACAUGUGAAGAUAUCAAUGAAUGCACUAUGCCAUCUAAAUGUUCUGGUUUUGGUCAAUAUUGUUUCAAUGUACUUGGAAGUUUUCAGUGUAAAUGUAAGACAGGAUAUGUCUCAGAUAAUGGUACUUGUGAAGUUCUUGCCAACAAAAACAAAUUUUCUGGAUUCAUGUCAAUUAAUCUGCGAGGUAUAACGCAAACACAAAUGGCAGAAAAACUGGCUGACAAAUCCAGUGAAGAAUAUAAAACUACUAGUGAAGGAAUGAAAAAAUCAAUACUUGACAAAAUUGGAAAAAAUAAUGUAGUUGUAAUUGAUGACAUUGUGACAAAUCAAAGCAACCGGACAAAGAGAUCUACUGACCAAAACUCCUUGAAAGUCCUUUAUACAAUUUAUGGAGAUGCUAUUAAGCAAGCAGAUCUGGAAAACAUGCUGAAAAAGGGAUGUAGCGCAGACUGUUGUAAGUUCAAUGGUUUAUGUGUUGCCCCUGCUUCUUUACAACUAAAUGUCCAAGAUAUGUGCAAGGAAAUCAUUUGUGAUUCAAUGACUACAAACUGUACAGCAGAGGAAAAGGGUUUUAGAUGUAAUUGUAAACCAGGUUUUGAUCAUUCGCCCCAAUAUGGCUUGUUUACAUGUAAAGAUAUUGAUGAAUGCAACACUAUUCAACCUUGUGGAAGUAUCCCUUGCACAAAUACAUUUGGUGGUUACAAAUGUUUAUGUGAAUCUGGUCAUGUCUUUAAGAAUGAAAGUAAAUCUUGUGUUGACGUGUGUGCUGGCCAUCGUUGUCAAAAUGGAGAUUGUAUAAAGCUUGAAGAGUCUUAUCAAUGCAGAUGUCAUGAUUACUGGACCGACAAAUAUUGUGAUAAGAAACUGGAAGAAGAGGAGAGUUUUCGAACUGCUGCAAUUGUUAUUGGAGUAGUGCUGGGAAUUCUUUGUCUUCUCUUAAUUGUAGUUAUUGUGUAUAUAAUACGGAAAUACAAGAAGCCAUCAUAUAAUGGAAAUAAUUUAAUUGAAUCUGCCAAAUUAGAAAGAAGUAUAAAAGUAGAUGACAGUAACAUUGGAAUGAGCAGUACAAAAUCUUCAUCCAAUAUAUACUCAAACAGAGGAAUGGAUAACCAAUCAUAUGAACCAGAUGUAUAAAUAUUUUCAGUCAACAGAGACAGUAAAUUUAUAUCCAACAGUAUUCUAAAAUUGUCUUCACUCAAAUGAAUUAUGUAGUUUAUAAAGAAUUACAAAUAUAUUAUUGAACAAUAAUCAUCAUUGAUCACAUUUUGAAAUUUUUUACAUCUGAUUUUGAAUAUUUUUAUGCAAAUCAUUUUCCUACAGUCAGAAUAUUGACUACUGUAUACACACACACACAUAUAUAGCCUCAUAUAUAAGGUUAAGAAGGGUAUUGGAUUCAACCAAACCCAAAGAUAUAGGUAAUACCGAGUAAGUGCUGUAUACCGACUAGUUUUGCCCCUGUCGUUGUAUAAACAAGAGUGGGGAUUAUAACAUAGGUUGUGUAUUAGCGUGUGUAUGUAUAAAGAGAGAAAAGGAUAAAGAGAACAAUGGCAAAGUUAGAAAUAUAUUUUAUGGAUAAAGUCUUACAGCUGUUUCAGGGAAAAUCCAAUGUAUCCCUUCAUCGGAGACAGAAAUAGUAGAGGAAUGAAUUAUUACAUCUAUACUCUCUACACUCUCUGAGUGGUUGGCGUUAAGAAGGGCAUCCAGCUGUAGAAACUCUGCCAAAUUUAGAUUGGAGCCUGGUGUUGCCAUCCGGUUUCACCAGUCCUCAGUCAAAUCAUCCAACCCAUGCUAGCAUGGAAAGCGGACGUUAAACGAUGAUGAUAAUGAUGAUGAUGAUACUAUUUCUGUCUCCGAUGAAGGGAUACAUUGGAUUUUCCCUGAAACAGCUGUAAGACUUUAUCCAUAAAAUAUAUUUCUAACUUUGCCAUUGUUCUCUUUAUCCUUUUCUCUCUUUAUACAUAGCCUCAUAUAUAUUUAUAUGCAUGUGUGGAUAUAUAUAUAAAUAUAUACCCAUAUGUUUAUAUGUGUAUUUAUGUAUGUAUGUAAAAGUAUUUGUGUGUGUGUGUGUGUGUGCAUACAUAGCAUUGUGUGUUUUGGUUUGACAACUGUGUAAUGAAAUUCAUACCAGGGUUUUACACUGUAUCUGAAUGGAUGUGAAGUCAAUGUCAGUUCUUUGUUCUUCAUGCGAUCACAAUAUUGUGACUUUCUAAUACUUUUAAACAUGCUCUACAUGCAGAUUAAAACCUCUAUUAAUUAAUGGGGGAUGUUUUUUUCUAACUUGUCUACUAUGUAAUUUGAUAUUGCUGUGUGUUAUCUAGAGUUAAUGCUCAAACAUUUUCACUAACAUUCAGUUAAGUGUGAACUAUUAGUAGAAUCAUCUAUCAUGCUUUCCCACUCACUUGGACAUUACACUCAGACACUUUUCUAAAGAGUUAAAACUGAGUUAUUUCUUUUUUAAAACUUGUUUCUACCUUAUCAAUAAAUAAAUCAGGAUAUUAAUUGAAGUAAUUUAGAAUGUCACUGUGUUUGUGUGUGUGUGUGUGUGUGUGUGUGUGUGUAUACAUAUCUCAGAAAAUAAUAAAUAGAUAAUUUAGAACAAGUAGCACAUGGAUUUUACACAUAAAUCUGAUGAGUUGAUAUUUUUGCAAUAUUAAUAUGUAUCAUUACACAUUAUGUAAUAAUAAUAUAACAAUAAUCUUUUGAUGACAAAUCAAAGAAAAAAUCAUAAAAUUAUGUAAUAAAAUGAACUACUCACUCUAUUGUUCUUCUCAUUAAUAAUAAUAUUUGAGAAGUCAACCAUAUGGAAUAUGUUCUUUAAUGUGUAAUAAGAAAUGGUGCAUUUUUUUCUUCCUUCUAAACAUUUCAAAUUUCAAUUGCUGAUGAAAUGAGGGAUGUUUAUUAUAUAAAUAUAUAAGUCCAAUAUGGAAACAUAUGCACAAUGGUUAUUUAAAUAAAUCCUUUCAAAUAUUAUAUUGUAUGAGCUGCAUAUAUAAAUAUAUGCAUUCACACACACACACACACACACACACACAUUUCAUUAAAGACACAAUUGUGUCCCAGUUUAAUCUGUUUAAUUACAAAUUUGUUAUGUUUAGUUAUUAGCUUUUUGUAGUUGGUUUGAAAUAAUAAAGUUUCUAAAUCCAUCUUCAUCAUUUCCAGACCUGCAUACUCUCAUAAUUGAGAUUUAGCAUUCGCAUUGCUCCUUGAAUAUGAAGUGUAAUUACUCAUGUGGAAAGUCAAAAGCCUUUAGUGGAAAAGUUUACAAAAAAUUUAACCACUCUAUAAGAAAUAAUCCAUUUCAAUUCUUGAAAAUGUGACUCUGAUGUUCUUAAAAUGUUAAAUCUGGAUAUAGGAACUUUAUUGUUCCAAACUGACAAGAAACUGAUUUAAAAAUAUGAAAAAUCAACAAUGAGAAAGGUAAAACUGGAAAAAUGGUUAUUUUUGUAACGAAACAUUUUAAAAGAAAAGCUGUUCACUAUAUAGACAAUAUAUACAUGUGUGUGUGUGUGUGUGUGUGUGUGUGUGUGUGUGUGUGUGUGUGUGGUUUACAGAUCCAAUAGAGUUAGAAUCAACUAAAAAACUACUCCAUCCAAUAAAUAUCAAUCUAAAUACACGACCAAAA